AAGCUCUUCCAACAAGUCUACUAACGCAAGCUCUUCCUGGUCGUGUAACGCAUGUACGUUCAUUAAUGACCCUCAGAUGGUUGAAUGUUCAAUCUGUUUUACUCCAAGACAAGACAAAGAGCUUGUAGUUAAUACAACUAUGAAAAAACCUGAUACAACUGAUAGUUCCCCAGUUUCCAUUYCYAGUACAUCGAGCAACCCAGCAGAAGAAAGCGACAAGAAGAKGGCAGACGUUUUGAAAGUAUCACCAGUUAAUGRCGAUGAUGAUUUCAAGGAACCACUUACUGACUGGUCAUGCUCGGCCUGUACGUUUCUUAACGAUGCGAUGUUGAUUGAAUGUUCAGUKUGCAUGACRCCAAAAMGACGAAGUCAAAGAAAGACGCCCAAUCACUGGUCAACUUCAAGCUGUGAGCAGCGAUGGCGUAAAAGAAAAAGAUCGAGCRAGUCAACCGCUAAAAGAACGAACGUUACAUCAAAAAUUGGAAAAGAAGAAGAUUCACACUUAGAGGAUACAGUCCUYGAUGGAGAAGGAGAUGGGUCGUCUUUGAUUGAGCAACGAAGCGGGCAAAAGAGUMGAAAACGWCUUCAUCUUGAAAGCAAUGACAUUUCUUCAGCAGAAAACCGCGUCAUUGCACCAGAUCAAACACAAGACAUAACUAAUGCAGAAGAAUAUAAUCUUCAGAGCGAGAAAGGAGGUUUCGUCCUCGGCAAAGAAAGUGGUCUUACUAAAACAGUUYACAGCUUAGCUGAACAAAGUCAAAACCCAUUUCUCCUCGAGCUGUCGGAUUCUGAUGCCACAGACGAUGAACAUUUUAAUAUGAAUGAGGCRCCAUCUGAUGCAAGUCUACAAGACAUGACCGUAGAAAGCAUUACUUUGGACACUUCUACUCCUGAUUCAUCGACUGAAGACGAACAUGGGCAAAAGGACACGAAGAUCAGAUGUCAAAGUUCAGUGAAGACAGAAACAGCAACAACAAGAACGUUACCACCGACAGCAACAGCAACACAAUCGCACACUACUACAACAACAUUGCUACCACCACGACGAACAGAAGCAGAAGCAGCACUACCGGCAACCACAACAUCGACAACAACACUUCCGCCAACCACAACAUCGACAACAACUUUAUCAAAAAGUACAACUGAAGCUGAAAACACUUUAGAACUAAAUGAAUCUAGCAGCAAGGAAGCGGGAGAUGAACAAAGCUCUCGAACAGAAACAACGGCUGCACAAGAUGGUAGUAAAGACUCUGAAAACACCACAACAGAACAAGAAUCAACGAUAGAACAGAGUGAAAGCCUUCAAGAACUUCAAGAAGCUGCUGCAGAGAUAUUCGGAGGGGAAAAUGAAUUCGAAGAUGAUUUUGAAGAGUUAGRWUCUGUUCAUUGCAAGGRAAAGAAAAAGAAGGAGCCAAAGGAUCCACCCAAGCCAAUGUCUUUGAAGUUUGCUAUGAGUCUGUACACAGACCGUGUAUUUCUCUAUGAUGAGAGUGGGACGUUUUUGAAGUGUAAUUUCUUGAUAAGUGAUGUGAAAGACAACAGCAAAGAAGACUUGCCACAUAUUCUACAACAUGAACACAACUUCAAACAAGCUAAAACAAUGGUUCGCCUGUGGACAAGGCUUGGACCUCAAAUGCAGCGGAUUGUAGUUAAGUCAAAGAUGCUCUUCAAAGAUCCUAUGGAUGCYUAUCAAGUCGCUCGUGGCUUGAAGAAAGAACCGUCCAAAGUCCGCCAUUGGAAUAAGGAGAUUUGUUUAAAGAACGUUCAAGACACAGCAGACCUAGUUGGAGGAGACGUCCGUAAAGUCAUUAAGUCUCCCGAACGUAAAAGACGCAAGAAAAACCCUAACGGCGACUYACCGAGUACUUCCCGAAAACCAGCCGAGCGCGCUACGAACAGAGACGAAAUAUCUUGUAUGCAAGCKUUCGGACCCGACGGCCUUCCACUGUGUCUGUUUUGUCGAGCACCUGUGGAUUAUGGUUCCUUGGGGAACAAUUGGGACUCAAGGUUUUGUUCCUUUGAUUGUAAAGAAAGUUAUCAGAUGCGAAUWAGUGGMACUGCAACCAGACGUCAACUUUUCGACGCCGAGCAAGGGAUAUGUCAGCUGUGUCACUUUGAUGCGCAUGCGUUCUUCACGAGCGUCAAGGCUCUCCAAAAGAAGGAUCGUCGCACGUUCUUGGAAAACAGUAUAUACGCAGACCUCCCCCCAAGAUUCUUGAAUCGUAUGAUAUUGGAUCCAAAAGAAGGGAUGUUUUGGGAAGCAGAUCACAUUGUAGCCGUGGCAGAAGGAGGUGGCGAGUGUGGAAUCGAAAAUCUACGAACUCUGUGUGUACCUUGUCAUAAAAAGGUCACCAAAGACCUUCUGAUUCGACUGAAAAACAAAAAACGGGCCGUGGAUACCACUGGAUCGAGGAACAUAACUGGCUUCUUUAAAACAAACAAGUGAAAAAAAACAGGUUUGACUUGGUUUCCGCCAUAGAAAUGAUUCCCUAGGAGUUUUCUACGUUUAGCUGGAUUCUGACAAAGAAGUGGAUUCCAACAUCAAACUGGUUUGAUUUUGAAUUGAUUUUCUACGUUUAACUGGCACUGGUCAUAAAUGUUGAUCAAAUAUUGUUGAUGYUGUAUAUCGAAUUGGUUUCCUAAAUCGAACUGCUGAUUUUCUGCUUUCAAAUGGAAGUUAAAAAGAGAAAUUAAAACAAUUAAAUUUUUUUUCAAAAUUCAGAUUAAACGGAACGUACAUUGAACGUACUAGAAGAUUUUCAAUGUAUUUUCAAAGUAUUUAGAUAAAGAUAUUAUAAAACAAAGAAAAAGAUAUAUAUUGUUACAGUUAUACCUAGAAUUUAUUUUAAAGUAAGCACCAUAUUAUAUGAUAUAGUUAGAAAUUUUUAUUUUUUGAUCAGAAUUGUAAAAUAUUUCUUUAAAAAARCCCUUUCAUUCUAUUGAAAUCUUUAUCAUCGUGAAAUUAAAUAUACACACCAAUAA